GUUCCGUUAUGGCGUCAAAAGGCCAGCAACAGAGCAGAUGGAGCUGUUCUGUGGGAUUAUCAUGUCAUUUGCAUACAGAGAAAAAGUGGACUUCCUCCCUUAGUAUGGGAUUUAGAUUCAAGUCUUCCGUUUCCUUCUCCUUUAACAACUUAUGUAUCAGAAACUAUUCGGCCAUCGUUUUCACUCUUUUCCGAGUAUCAGAGAUUUUUCCGGAUUGUACAUGCUCCGAUAUUUCUCCGUAGCUUUGCAUCUGAUAGAAGGCAUAUGAAAGAUUCCUCCGGAAAUUGGACUGCU